GGCUCUUUAUCAAUUUUUUUAGAGUAAAUUCUAUAAUCAAUCUUUUUAUAAAAUAGUUUUUGCAUAAAAAAUAAGAAAGAUCUAUAAUUAUCCUAUUACCCCCGGAGUAGAACAAAAAGAUUGAAGGACUAAUCUUCCUAAAUGUCACCACCACAAGAUCCCAAAAUGAUCUCAAACUGAGAAGAAGAAGAAGAAGAAGAAGAAGAAGAAGAAGACUCCCAAGUCACAACCAAACAAUUUGAUCAGUUCCGCAGUCAUGGCCUUGGCUACAUCUUCAAGCCCGCCAGCAGCCGCCCACUUCUCUUCACGAAACCCUUCUCUGCUCGUCCCCAUCCCUGCGCCGGCGUUCCCCAACGUCAGAUUCACAACCCGAAACCUCCAUUUCCCUUCUGUAAAAUGCUCUUCCGAUUCCACUACCAUUGUCGACAAAUCUCCCGGACCGAUUGCUAAUUCACCGAAUCUUGACGAAGAUCUCGGCGUAAAAGGUUUGAAGGCGGCCAUGGCGAAAAUCGGGUCGAAGGUUAGGGUUACGGCUCCUCUGAAGGUGUAUCACGUGCCUAAAGUGCCGGAGUUCGAUUUGACUGGCCGUACCGGAGUUAUCAAACAGUACGUUGCGGUUCACAAGGGGAGGGAGAUUUCUGCCAAUCUUCCUUAUAAAGUGGAGUUCGUGGUGGAGGACAUGGACGGCCGCAAGGGACCCCUCAAGUUCUUCGCCCACCUCAGGGAAGAUGAGUUUGAGUUUCUUGGCUGAAUUUCCUUAUCCUUUUAUGUGAUGAUGAUGAUAAUCAAAUAUGAAUAUAUUGAUUCGCGUAGCAGUCACUGGUUCUCAUUCUGUUAUUCUGUAGAUACGAAAUGAAAUGCCUACUUAGCUGUGUUCAUACCUCAUUCUCUUUGAUGAAUUGAAAGAAAUAUACUGUCAUAUAUUUCCGCUCUGAGAUUUUGGAU